AAGAGACUGAGCUUGUCCCUGGUGCAGAUUAAGAGACUACAGCAGUUACACUUUGUGACCAGUAGGUGUCAUGGCAGGAGCGGUAGCAGGAGUGCAGUGUGUCACUGCUGUUCGUGAGACUUUACAGCAGGUCAGACCAGUUUUAGUUGACAUGAAAUUUAGCAGCACCAUUUUGAGACAAACCUAAAAUACUACAGGAGACUGUGAUAUGAAAAUCUCUGAAAUGAGUCUUUCUAAAGAAGAAAACAUAAAGGCAGUGAAGCGUCUGAUUCAGGGUGAGAGAUGUGAGUCACCAGAACCCAGCAUCGUGUCCAUGCAGAGUGACAUGUCAAAGGAACUCCCAUAUGGAUUUAAAAAGCAAGACUCCUCUACUGAUAUGAGAGCCCAAGAGGAGAAAUCAAGCAUUAUCAGCAGAACAGGACAACACUGUCAGCUGGAAAACACGCUACAGGCCAAGAACCUGUCAGACAUUGAUAACAGAUUUCAGACUGACCUGAUCUCUGAGUAUCAGCAAAAACUCAAAUCCAAAUUGAGAGAAAAAUAUAAAAGAAUUAAUGAGGGAAUCUCACAGCAUGGAAGCUCAGCACUUCUGAAUGAGAUCUACACUGAGCUCUACAUCACAGAGGGUUGGAGUGGAGACGUUAAUAAAGAACAUGAGGUGAGACAGAUUGAGGCAGCGUCCAGAAGACCAGCAACACAGGAGAAACCCAUCAAAUGUAAUGAUCUCUUUAAGGACAAGUCCAUCAGAACUGUGCUGACUAAAGGAGUUGCUGGAAUUGGAAAAACAGUCUCUGUGCAGAAGUUCAUCCUGGACUGGGCUGAAGGAGAAGCAAAUCAGGACGUCACCUUCAUGUUCCCACUUCCCUUUAGAGAGCUGAAUCUGAUGAAGCAGAAAAAUCUCAGUCUGAUGAAACUUCUUCAUCACUUUUUCCCAGAAAUUAGGCAACUACAAUUAAUAAACUGUGACUCCUACAAAGUGUUGUUCAUCUUUGAUGGUCUGGAUGAGUGUCGACUUCCUCUAAAUUUCCAUAGGAAUGAGAGAUUGUGUGAUGUGACAGAGUCAGCCUCAGUGGAUGUGCUGCUGACGAACCUCAUCAAGGGGAAUCUGCUUCCCUCUGCUCACCUCUGGAUAACCACAAGACCAGGAGCAGCCAAUCAGAUCCCUCGUGAGUGUGUAGAUCAGGUAACAGAGGUACGAGGCUUCAGUGAUCCUCAUAAAGAGGAGUACUUCAGGAAGAGGAUCAGUGUUCAGAGCCUGGCUGAUAAAAUCCUCACACAUGUGAAGUCCUCAAGAAGCCUCUACAUCAUGUGCCACAUCCCAGUCUUCUGCUGGAUCUCAGCCACUGUUCUAGAGAGAAUGUUGGGUGAAGCAGAGGGUGGAGAGAUCCCCAAGACUCUGACUCAAAUGUUCACACACUUCCUGAUCUUUCAGAUCAAACACAAGGAUCAAAAGUACCAUCAGAAAUGUGACCCUGAUCCUCAGCAGACCACAGAGAGUAUCAUGGCACUGGGAAAACUGGCUUUCCACCAGCUGGAGAAAGGAAACCUGAUCUUCUAUGAGGAAGACCUGAGAGAGUGUGGCAUUGAUGUCAGAGAAGUGUCAGUGUACUCAGGAGUGUGUACCCAGAUCUUCAGAGAGGAGCUUGGGCUUCACCUGGGGAAGGUGUUCAGCUUCGUACAUCUAAGUGUUCAGGAGUUUCUGGCUGCAUUAUACACAUUAAUGUCUUUCAUUCUCCAGAAGACAAAUGUGUUGCAAAACACCAGCAUCUUCAAUUCCUUCAGAAAUCGAACCAUGUCUGAUCUCCUCAUCAGUGCAGUGGACAAGGCCAUACAAAGUGAGAUCGGACAUCUGGACCUGUUUGUCCGCUUCCUUUUGGGUCUCUCUUUGGAGUCCAAUCAGACUCUCCUACAAGGCUUAAUUCCACAGACAGGAAGUAGCUCUCACAACAAACAAGUCAGAGAAGUCGAGUACAUCAAAGAGAAGAUCAGGGAGAAUCCAUCUCCAGAGAAAUCCAUCAAUCUGUUCCACUGUUUGAAUGAACUGAAUGAUCAUUCUCUAGUGCAGGAAGUACAAACUUAUGUGAACAGUGGAGGAUACCGUCGGCUCUGUGGAAUAAGUCUCUCUCCUGUGCAGUGGUCAGCUCUUGUGUUUAUGAUACUGAACUCAGAAGAGGAGCUGGAUGGAUUUGAUUUGAGGAAAUAUGAACGAUCAGAUGAAUGUCUUCUGAGGCUGCUGCCAGUGGUUAAAGCCUCCAGAAAAGCUGAUAUGUAUGACUGUAAUCUAACAGAAGAAAGCUGUAGAGUUUUGUCCUCAGUUCUCAGCUCAAACUCCUCCACACUGAGAGAACUGAACCUAACUUACAAUACCCUGAAGGAUUCAGGAGUGAAGCUGCUCUCUGCUGGACUGAAGAAUCCACACUGUACACUGGAGAAACUGGAGCUUCGUGACUGUAAUCUGACAGAGGAAAGCUGUAGAGUUCUGUCCUCAGUUCUCAGCUCAAACUCCUCCAGACUGAGAGAUCUGGACCUGAGUCACAAUAAACUGCAGGAUUCAGGGGUGAAGCUGCUCUCUGAUGGGCUGAAGAGUCCACACUGUACACUGGAGAUACUGAGGCUGCGUGAUUCCAAUCUGACAGAGGAAAGCUGUAGAGUUCUGUCUUCAGUUCUCAGUUCAAACUCCUCCAGACUGAGAGAACUGGACCUGAGUAACAAUAAACUGCAGGAUUCAGGAGUGAAGCUGCUCUCUGAUGGACUGAAGAGUCCACACUGUACACUGGAGAUACUGAGGGUGUGGAAGUGUAACCUGACAGAGGAAAGCUGUAGAUCUCUGUCCUUAGUUCUCAGUUCAAACUCCUCCAGACUGAGAGAACUGAACCUGGGUCACAAUGAACUGAAGGAUUCAGGAGUGAAGCUGCUCUCUGAUGGACUGAAGGAUCCACACUGUACACUGGAGAUAUUGAGGAUGUCAGAGUGCAGUAUUACAGAGGAUGGUUGUGUUCCUCUGGCUUCAGCUAUGAGAUCAAACUCUUCAUCACACCUGAGAGAACUGAAUUUAUAUGGAAAUGAAGCUGGAGACUUGGGUUUUAAGCUGCUCUCGGACCUACAGAAGGACCCACUCUUUAAACUGAAGAAACUGGACAUUGAGGUGUAUAUCCCACCAGCUCCACCUCCCAGCACAGACAGGGGUCCUCAGACCUCAAGCUUCUUUUCAUGGCUAAAGUUUUGGUGAAUUGUUGCCUCUCCGCUUCUGUGCCAGCUGGGGACGGCACUUCACUUUAUUGGUCCUGCUCAGCACUAUGUUUGGCAGAGGACCGGAUCCUUAUUGUGUUCCCUUGUGGAAGUGGGACUCGACAGUAAUGUCAAGCAAGGAUGACACUCCACUCUAUGGUUCCACGGAGGACGUUGCUCUGCAUUCACAUUUACGGCAUUUGGCAGAAGCCCCAUAUCUAGAGGGAUGUGCAAAGCGCUUUGAGGUCUCAAUCAAUAAAUAAAUUCAAAUUGGUUCACUAGGUUACAGACUUAAUAUACCAUCAACCUAAAUCUGUUUUAAUACAUUUAGGCUGUCAAAAAAGCCAGUCAGUGCCUCAGCUGUUUGGACAUCUUCAUUCCACCACCUUGGUGCCAAAACAGAAAUGAAACUUGAUGUAUACCCCCCUCUUACCCUGAGAGAUGUGUUGAAGGAAACUGGAAAAAGAAUGAACUGUGGAGUGGAGCGUAUCGUAAUAAGAAAGAGUAAAGUUAAACGAGCUAGAAGAGAAAAGUGCAAAAAAAGAAAAGACAGAGGGACAGAAAACGAUGUGAAAUGAAAAUAGAUGUGAACCUGAUUAAGAUAGAGGCCCUAUCAGAGGAGGUGAGGAACUUAAAUAUUAAUAUAAAAUAAAAUGUUCCUGACAAAUGAAGACAUCACGGAUCAGACACUGUAACUAGACAGAACGAGCAUGAAGAGCCUGACGACGAAGAACAUACAGUACUUCGUUAAUUUUUAUUUUUCAGAAGUUCAAGAAUCGUUUUCUUUUACUUUUAUGUAACUUUGUAUAAUCUGAUAUAACCUUUCAGAAUGUACUGUAUAUAGGACUAAGUUGCAGCAAGCCUUGACUUAGAUGAGCUCAUGAUUAUCCUGUGCACUCGCAGAAGAGCACUGCAACCCGGAUAUCUUAACCACAGUUUUAAAAAAAUGUAUAUGACUGAUGCUUGCUUAGAAGGGACUUGUAACCACAGCUUAGCAGCAAGAAAAUGUAACUGUGAAGGAUAUAUAACCAUAGAUGGUCAUUUAAGUGUUUUGAAUGAUAAAUCGGAAGAGACUGAUGUAGAGGUCUUCACGUGUCCACUUAGAUUCGAAAACCCGAGGUCCGACCCGAGACCCGAGCGGGUUCGCGUCUAAAAGUUUCACGUGUGCCUCGGACACGGGUCGGGUAUAAUAAUAGCGGCAUCGGGUCUCGGGUAAUUAAAAAUUAAUGUG